AUGCGCGUGGUUCUCUGCGUGGUACUAUUCGGGGUGUUUCUGCAAUUUUCGAGUGCUCAAAGGUUCCAUGGGUCGAGGCGGAUCAUUCGAAGGCUUGAUUUAGGCAGACCGUCUCUGGAUUUUGCAGUUGCAGGUGGUCCCGAAACAGUGCUGGGAAAUCGACCCUCGUCUUUUGACACGGCCCCUAUAGAAACUGCUAGAAAUGUUCGGGUUCGGAAUACACGACCUCGGCUUGGUUUGACAAUUCACUCUGGCAGGAAUUUUAAUGACAAUGGAAGGUCAGAAAGUGGCUUUAACUCUAGAGGUUUUCAAUUAAGAAGUUCUGCUGGAGAUUCCGUAGAUAGAAGAAGGUCCUCUUUCUCUAGCAUUAACAAUGUGCGCCAAGAAAUAUCAAGGUCAUCAACGGGUAUUAAUUCACGAAAUGUUCAAUCUGGCUUUCCGGAGCGGCAACCAGGAAGUGACGUCAGAAACCAACACACAGCGCAAGGGAAUCACGUAGUAAGAGAGAUGCAACUCUUAAACUCUCUACUGAGGGAACAGAGUUCGUCUUUAAAUUCUCGUGUUGAGUCUGGACGAGAUCGGUCUAGUCUGACCCGUGGGCUCUCUGACUUUGGUUCUUUAUCAAGUGAUGUUAACGCUAAUUUAAAUGAUCGUCACCUUUCCCUUACCCAAGAUUCUUCUCGUUUAUCAUCAAUGCAGAGUGGAUCCCAAUUUCAACCAAAAAUCGUGGUUCUCCGAAACCAAAACUCUGCUAAGCCAUUGAAUGUACAGAUCGGGAACACACGUGUCGAAGUACUCGGUGACCAGCGAGAUCCUAGCUCACAACAAAUGAUUCAGACACUUCGAGAUACCCUUGUUUCCCCAGGCAGUUCAGUUAAUAAUGUCCAAGUUAACUCGAACCCAAGCAGUUUUCCGAAUUCCAAUCAAAAUGUUCCAAAUAGUAAUUCCAUUCAAGAUCUUCUAAACCAACUCCAGACAGCUUCUGUUACAUCAGCACAACUCAAUGCAAAUCAGAAUGAUCCAAACACAAAAUUACUGCAGGACCUAAUCACUCAACUCCAGGUAUCCCCAAGUUCCUCAACGCAAUCUAACAAUAAUAACAAUCCUUUUGCUGCCACAGCCACGGGUCCUCAAGUGAUAAAUAAUGCUCAGAUUCCUUUGACAACCACAGCCGCACCGGUUCCCUUAGUAACCACUCCUUUGACUCCUUCAGAAGCUCUAAGACAGGUGCUAGGACCAGGCGUGUCCGAUGCUUUAGUUCAACAGAUAGCAAAGGAUAUACUUCCGACGGAACUCCAAAGACUUGACGCCAUUAUGACAGGACAAGGUCAAACAUCAAAUAAUAUCAAUCAAAAUUCAAACGUCGGAUUCUUAAAAAUAGGAAACCAGACACAUACAUUCGAUGUAGGAACUACCAAAAAGAUAAAAAUAACACAUGACAAAUAUGGACCAAGUGCGUCUGUGACGUCAGUAAAUCACGGAAGUGGAAGUGGAAUUAUCAAAAACACCAUGGUUACCGAAGAGCCAUUGGAAUAUGAUGAAAUUCUAUUACGAAAGGUGCUACAGAAAAUGAAUGGUUGAGAUAAGAAAGUAGUAUUAUCUUAUUUAUUAUUUUAUU